AUGCUUCCAGGCAACGUUCUUUUGGCCACCGCAUUGGUCAUUCUCACGGUAUAUGGGGAGCAGAGGCGGUCUAGCGAUGCUGUCAGCAGUCUCGACGAGGAUUGCCUCUGUCCUAUCUACACAUCUCUUUCACAAUAUCAGUUCCUCGGUGGUAGGCCUGUCGAAGCGUCUAACCGACGGAAGGAUGGCACAAGUACGUUCUACAAAAGAAGGUAUUCUGAAAGCGGGAAGCUCUUGAUCGAUAUCUGUGAUAGCAGGGUGAAAGUUGCUUCAAUGUAUGCCAGUGCCAAAGCACGCUGUGAGGGAGGAAACCCCGUAGCCAGCGCUUCCUAUUGGCGAAAGCUCUGCGGGGACAGCCUUACCCGAGGGGACCUUUCCGAGGUCGAGGCCAAUGUGACGGACACACACAUUUUAUCCAUGCGUGUUGUCGAUCCGGACACCAACAAUACCAUGUCGACGGGAACCAUAGACUCCCCAGUCCUGCUGAGCGAGACAUACUACGAGCGAGCCUACAAGACCUGUGUGUUCCACGAGAAAAGCCUGGACCAAGCUAUCCGCUUUGGCUGGGGACUCAUGGGAUACUGGGGAGUUGUCCUUCUCCUCGGUACCAUAGCCAAGAUAUCGAGUGUCUGGUCGAGACAGCGGCAAGUAACAGCCAGAUAUUCGGGUACUGAUGUUAUCGAGGGAGGCUUGUGUCCGAAGCGAAGCUUGAGUAUGGUCUCCUCCGCCCUGCAUGCCCUACGAACAUACAUCGUCAUGCCUGCAAGCUUUACUCCGCUUUUACCAAAUCACCAACAACUACUGUACUGGUAUACGAUUCCAACCCGACUAGACCUUCUUAUCAUCUGCGGCUUCUGGACACUUUGCAUUGUCCUAGCGUGUGUGGACUUUGAUGGAGACACCAGCGCAUCGAGUCUGCCCCAACAAAACUGGCACUACUCUUCCGAUCGCACCGGGGUUCUGGCAUAUGCCUGCCUACCAUUCCUGUGGCUCUUCAGCGGUCGAAACAACGUUUUUCUGUGGGCGACGAACUUUAGCCAGCAGUCCUUCAGCGUCUUCCACCGCAAUAUUGCGUGGGCGUGCGCGAUUCUCUCCGUCGUCCACUCUGUCAACUACAGCAUCAUUGUUGCUUACUAUGAGAACGCAUAUCAAAUCGCAUGGACCCACAAGCCAUGGUAUAUGGGGGUAGUGGCGACCAUUGCCAUAUCUGCGAUGAUAGUCCAAUCGACAACAUGGCUCCGUCGCAAAUGGUACGAGGCAUUCCUAACCAUCCACAUCGCCCUUGGCAUCGUCAUACUCGUUGCCCUUUUCCAACACACCAAGCCCGACGGGCUAAAAUGGAACGCAUAUCUAUGGACUGUUGUCGCCAUCUGGGCGUCCGAUCGCAUGCUCCGUUUAAGCCGAAUUGCCUACUGCAACCUUGACAUCCACAUCAGGAAGCACUCUAUCACGACGCCCCACUCUACGGUAGAGUACUGCGAGGCCAGCAAUCUCAUCAAACUCGAACUGACAACAACCUCAUCACGACCCACCCCCAAACCCGGCCAGCAUUACUUCCUCUACCAACCAAUAUCCUUCCGAGGGUGGGAGAACCAUCCCUUCGCCCUAGGCGCUUAUCUCCCUGUCUCCAAGAAAGACGAGGAAAGAGAUAUCCUUCGCCCGAAUGAGAAAAUGAAACUACUCUUCUACAUCCGGCCCUACGACGGAUGGACUAAAUCCCUCCGCAACCGCUGCCGCUCGUCCAAACAAGCCAAUACCAUCCACCCCAAACUCCUCCUGGAAGGUCCGUACGGCCAUCCUGCCCCGCUCCACACCUUCAACUCCAUCCUCCUGAUUGCCGGUGGAACCGGCAUCGCAGCUAUUCUCCCAUACAUUCUAGACCACGUCUCCCGCACAGCCGAACAGCGCACAGGCCGCACGACCCGAACAACGAGAAUCCAUCUCAUAUGGUCUUGCCGUCAGGCGAGAAUCUUUUCGGAUGUCUUCGACGAUGACAGGCUCGAUCAUGUCUGGCGCAGUGAUGCUCUCGUGGCCGAUUUCUUUUGGACUGGGUCUGCGUUGACCGGCGAUACUGUUACUGUCGAUCUCGAACGCGACAGUCUCUCCGGUGAUGGUGAUCUCGAGGUCGGCGUUGAGAACCAGACAGGUCUGUUUCGCUCGAAUCGGCGCUUUCAUUCCGGUCGACCUGACGUGGGGGAAAUCAUUGCAUCGGAAGCCCGGGAUGCGCGGACGAGCUGUACGAAUCUGGCAGUGCUGGCUUCCGGGCCGGCACGGAUGGCGGAUGAUUGUCGGUUUGCCGUGUAUGAGGCGAUGCGCCGCGGCGGUUGGAAGGAUGUUGAGUAUUUUGAGGAGGCGUUUUCUUGGUGACAAGCAGCUAAACAGCUUUGCAUUUCUUCUCUCUUCAAGGGCAUUUUCAGCAAUCAUAUCUUUCUUGUGAAUUGCGUUGUUGGUCAAGUUAUACGACUAGUUAAA